CGUGCUGUGUUCGACCCUCAAAAGGAAAAUAGAUUUGUUUAUCUUUUUCGUGAAGGACUACUAUACCAACUCUGUGGAUUAACUUCUGCUUACCAAAUCGCACUUCUAACCUUCUUAUCUGCGAAUUAUUGCUAUUCAGAAGACUUGAAAGUCUACAACUCCAACAGCAAGUCCUCUAAUGGAGCCGAUUACUACUAA